UAUGAUUCCUAAAGUUGUUGGUUAUGCAUCAUUUUAAUCAUAUGGAGAUUUACCAUACCCAUCUCUUAAAGCAGGUAAACGUACUUUAGAUUCUAAUCAAAUUUGGGAACAAAGUAAAUAUGUUUAAUACAUUAACUUAGCUGUUAGAAAUGAAGAUAAAGAGAGCUUUUACAAGAAUUCCAACUAUCAUUAUUCAAAUAAAUAAGUUUCUCUUGAUUCAACAGUAUAACCUCCUCAUUAUAAAAAUGUAUAUAAGGCCAAUAAAGUAAGAAAAUGAUAUUCUAAAUUAUUUAUAGGCACGUUUGGAGAGUGCAACUUCUAGUGAUUUUUUCUAAAAAACAGGAAAUUCAGCUAUGACACCAGAGAAUCCUCUACUCAAGACUGGUUGUGAACAUUGGAAAUCUACAUAUUAAGCAUCAAUUGUUGAUCCAUAUGCAAAAAAUAGAGCAAUGCCACCUGAAUGGAGUUUAAAUAGACCACCUUAUGUAGUGGAAACGUAUUAUAAAUAGAAAAUAAUAAUAGGAAAGUUGGACCUUCUGAAUAUAAGAAAUAGUAUGGAUAAAUAGGAGAGAAUCCUAGAGAAAGAUUAAAUUAAUUAGAUGAAACUCAUCCAAGAGCAUUUGAUGAAUUAAGACUGGGAACAUCAUAAGAAGCAUAGCAUAUACCUGGAUAUACAGGAUUUAUACCAUCAAUUAUAACUAAUUCAAAAGCUAUGGAACAUGGAAAUGGAACUGAACCAAGAACAGAUUUUAUGAAAACUAAUUUAAAAGAGAAUUAGUAUAAUCAUUAUUAAUAAUAAUAAUAGUCAUACAAAAAUACCUGGAUAUGCAGGACAUGUUCCAAGAUCUGUAGUCAAUUAAAGAGACUAACCAAGAUAAUCCUGCUUUAGCAAUUGAU